AUGCGGCUUCUAAAGUACGAAGACGAUGGCCGCCUUACCUUCGCCAGCUUCGACGAUAACGCGAUACCCCCCUACGCCAUACUUUCGCAUACAUGGGGAACGGACACAGAGGAGGUGACCUUCACGGACCUUACGAAGAGUAGUGGCAAGGACAAGCCUGGCUAUAAGAAGAUCCGUUUCUGCGGAGAACAAGCUUCAAGAGAUGGGCUGGAGUACUUCUGGAUCGAUACCUGCUGCAUCAACAAAGAAAACCAAGCUGAGCUCUCGCUGGCCAUCGACUCCAUGUUCCGCUGGUACCGCGAUUCGGCUCGAUGUUAUGUUUAUCUGUCGGAUGUCUCGAGCCAAGCUUCGAACACCAACCUAGAGCGCAGCGUGCAUCGAUCCGAUCUGCAGAUAAGCCGAUGGUUUACUUGGAUCUGGAUAUUCCUAGUCGUUCAACCUAUACUCCGCUGGCAUCCUAGCACGAUUCGGCGCUUCUUCACCUUGUCAGAUGUUUGGAGCCCGCAAGCUUGUGAAUCUAAGCUUCAGCGAAGCAGAUGGUUCACCCGAGGCUGGACGCUCCAGGAGCUUCUCGCACCCAGCGUGGUCGAGUUCUUCUCGCGCGAAUGGUGCAAACUCGGUGAUAAGAUAUCGCUAAAGUCCGAAAUCCACGAAGUUACAGCGAUCCCAUACGAAGCGCUCGAGGGGGCGCCUCUCUCUCAAUUUAGCGUCGAAGAGCGGCUUCGAUGGAGACAGAACCGGCACACAAAGCUCAAAGAGGAUGCAGCGUACUCAUUGUCUGGCAUCUUCGACGUAGACAUUGCGCCUGUAUAUGGCGAAGGCGGAGAGGAAGCGUUCAGACGGCUUCAUGACAAGAUCCGUGAGCAAGGAGAGUGCCGUCGGAAGCAGGAAGAGUGUCUUCGGGACUUAUAUGCUACCGACCCUCGUAAGGACAAGAAGCGUAUCGAGGAGACCAAAGGCGGACUGCUAGCAGACUCGUACCGCUGGGUCCUCGAUAACACUACAUUCCAACAAUGGCAGCAGGACACGCACAGCCGAUUACUAUAG